AUGGAAAACACCAAUCGAAAUAGCAGGGAAGCAACAAAUGGCGUUCAGUGCGAAAUUUGUCGCCAAAUACCAGUUUUAUUUGUGAAUAAUCAAACACUAUGCAAUGGACGUUUUACGAUACGCUAUAGUACAGCAGAAUCGUGUCAAUCUCUUACUGCCACUUGUUCAGCAGAUUUUUCAUCAAGUAAUGUCGUUAUAAUGAAUUCGAAUAAACAACUGCUAGCAGCCGGAGUUGGUACGGCUGUCAUCGGUUUUGUGUGCAACAAUAAUGCUAUGUGGCAAAGUAGUGAUGGUGCUGAGCAAACGGGAUUAGCAUGCGCUGCUCAAAUUCCAGACCCGUGCGCACAAACAAUGUGGAAUGAGUGGAGCAACUGGUCACGUUGCAGCAAAUUCUGCGGGUCUUGUGGGAGAAUGAGCCGCUCAAGAACGUGCCGGAAUGAAUCAAUCAAAUGCAGUUGCGUUGGGCAAGGCACAGAAACAAAAGUCUGCAAUAAGCAACCGUGUCUUCACCCAAGUCAAAUGUGUUGCAGUGGAUAUGUACUGGGAGCAGAAGCUGGAGUUUUUGCAUGUGUUGAAGUAAAUAAAUAA